CUUUACGGGGUCUGAGGGUUGCGCGGGAUUAACCUAAAAGCAUGGGUAAAUACUGGGAAGUGUAAAGAAAGUGUGAAUCAUUGUUAGCUAGAUGCAUUAAGUUGACCUGAAACAUAUAUGAAGCUGAUCUAGCUUGAACUUGUUACUCAUCGUCACAAGCAUGGUAUAUACAAUCAAGCGACUUUAUUUCAUGAAUUUAAAUUUUAAGGUCGAAUAAAAAGUUUUUGUACGACUAUACGUUCUUAUAACAAUACGGAAGUUUUUACGCAGAAUAUUCACUUCUUUUCCCAUGGUUGCGCUUCAAAAAAUAUGAAAGUCAAGAUACUUGUUCUCGCAGUUUUCAAACAUAUAUACCUUAUUGUCGCUAACGCUUUAUUACUUGGUGAAACAUGUCUAAUAUUAUCUGGCGAUUUCAGUUUAUUAUACAUUUUUUUUAAAAGAGUGAGUUUAAAAUAUGGGUAAAAUAACUGAGUUUAAUAUCUUACUUGCCAGCAACAGACAAGUGUUUUAUCCUGGUGAACGAAUGGCAGGCUCUGUGGUGCUAAAUCUUCAUGAACCAAUGGACAUGAAAGGACUGUGCAUUGAGUGUUAUGGCAGUGGCUAUUGUCAUUGGAGUGAAGAAACAGGCUCUGGUGAGAACAGACAUAGAGUGGACUACCAUGGCAAUGAAUCUCUGUUUACUUAUAGUUCUUAUUUAUUUGGAAAUGGAUUUACAAAAAUAAAACAUCCAUGUGGAAGAUUUGAGUAUCAGUUUAUGUUUACCUUACCAGCCAUCUUACCAACUUCAUUUGAAGGUUCUUUUGGCGGUAUCAGAUAUGGAUUAAAAGCGCAAAUUAUCAGACCAUGGAAAUUUAAUGAAAAAAUCAUGCGGCCGAUUAUCAUCAAUGAACUUAUCGAUACAAACCAGCCAAAUUAUGCAACUGGACCAGGUGGAGAAGUACAUAAAGAAGUUGGUUGUUUGUGUUGUGCAUCAGGUCCACUGAACCUUAGUGCAAGCUUAGACCGAGCUGCAUAUUGUCCUGGUGAACACAUAUUGAUCAAUGCACAAGUUCAAAAUCAUACUAGUAGAAACAUGACAGCGUUGAAAGCAAAGUUAGUUCAAAAUGUACAAUAUAAUUCCACCACAAAUACAAGAUUCGAUGUUCGAACCAUUACUAAGCUUGCCGGCCCUUCUAUACCGAAGAGGGAGUUUGCAAAUUGGUCCAACGAGCCUUUCCCAAUUCCAGCAACUUGUCCAACUAUCUUGACUUCCAGAGUCAUUAGGGUUUCGUAUGAUGUUGUUAUUGAAGUUGAGGUGCCAUUGGGGACCAAUCUUAAGUUAACAGUACCUGUUACUUUGGGUACUGUUCCAUUUCGAAGGACGUAUGGACAGCCACCAGUGCGGCAACCAGUGGAAGCAGCAAGUUUCGUCCCAUCCAACUUCGCACCUCCGCCUGCCAAUAUACUUGGUUAUCCAGACAUGGCACCACCUUCCUAUGCACCAGUUGCAGGCGAAGCAGCAGUUAAUAUCGCUGAUGCCCAACAUACUGGUGACCAACAUACUGGUGGCCAACUAACCUAUACACCGGUGUAUACGUUUGCUCAACCUUAUCAGUUUCCUGCUGGAACGGGUGUUCCAAACCCGCCCCCGUCGUCAUCACAAGGUCCUCCACCGCAGAUUGGCUUCUCACACUAUCCUGCAAGUUCGCAGCCUAAUACUUAUCCAGAACAACCUUAUCCGGAGAAGCCUCAUGUCGCGCCUCCAUAUCCGCAAAGUUUAAGUACCAGACCUCCGUAUCCGGAGAAUUUACCGAACGAACCUCCGUAUCCGGCGAACUAACCGGACGCACCUCCAUAUCAGGAGAAUUAACCUGACGCACCUUCGUAUCCAGAGAAUUUCACAAACGCACCUCUGUAGCCGGAGAAUUUAUGAAACGCACCUCCGUAUCCUGUGAAUUUACCGAAUGCACCUUCGUAUCCAGACAGUUUACCAAAUGCACCUCCGUAUCCGGAGAUUUUUGAACGCAUUUCCGUAUCCGCAGAAUUAACCUGACGCACCUUGGUAUCUGGAGAAUUAACGAAACGCUCCUUCGUAUCGGAAGAAUUUCCCAAACGCACCUCUGUAUCCGGAGAAUUUACCAAAUGCGCCUUCGUAUCCAGAGAGUUUAAUAGAUGCACCUCCGUAUUCGGAGAAUUUACCAAACGUACCUCCGUAUCCGGAGAAUUUAUUGAACGCACUUCCGUAUCCGCAAAAUUAACCUGACGCACCUUGGUAUCUGGAGAAUUCACGAAACGCACCUUCGUAUCCGAAGAAUUUCCAAACGCACCUCUGUAGCCUGAGAAUUUAUAAAACGCACCACUGUAGCCGGAGAAUUUUAAAACGCACCUCCGUAUCCGGAGAAUUUACCAAAUGCACCUCCACAUCCGGAGAGUUUCCCAAAUGCACCUUCGCAUCCGGAGAAUUUACUGAACGUACCUCCGUAUUCGGAGAGUUUACCAAACGCAAGAAUUAGCACAAUGCACAGCCUCACAAAAAAGUAUUAAUGCAAUGCACUAAUAUAUUUAUGUGAAGUGAGCAACUAGCUCAUCUUGCACAUCUAUGUCGAAUGGUUUAUUUUAAGUCUAUUCUUUUUAACCUGAAAUCCCAGCUUGAUAUUCUCAUGAAGCAUAUUCGUAAAAACGCGUGUGUUGUACGGCUCCAAAAUAUCACGAAAAGGAAAAAGAUAAAACCGGCGACAAAUUGUAGCAUGCUAGUCGGCCCUAAGUGAAAAAAAAUUUGAGUGCACCCUCUUUUUGAAGCAAAAUUGCAUAAGCAAGAAGAAGUUUAAAUCCUUCAAAAAAAAGAACUGAUAAGAAACCACUCAGCUUGUAGUGGGAAAAAAACUUGAAGAAAGGGCGUAAAAAGCAGUAAUAGACAUGUUAUAGGAGUUAUGGACGUCUCAAACAUCAAAUUUGAUGAAAACUAAUUUUAAUUCUGAUUGGACAAGCAAGCGACAGUUGGGACUGAAAAACACAAUCUAUACGCAACACGUGUGUUGCGUAUAUGUAAAAAGCGUGAACCUGAGAAACAGUUGGACCGUUGAUAUUUUGGUUUAUUCUGCACAGUUUUUUUUAUUUUAAUGCACGCAGUGUUUUGGUUACGUACUUUUUACAUUUUUUAUCAAACAAAUUAAUUUGCUUUAUAGGUGUUAUUAUUUUUAAGGAAAAGUAAUUGUGUUCAAAUAUACCUGUUGGGAGAUAAGAGUCUAUUUUUAUUUCUUGUAUAUUGUUGGACAAAAGUAACAAAAUCUGACCGA